ACGGUAAAAAUACUUAUAUUGGCGUUUUAGUUACAAUCGGCCCUAUGCAGUAAGGACAUUGACUUUAAUGUCAAGGUUGAAAAAAUUCCAAUAAAUUUUGACUUUCAUAUAAAUAUUUAAAAAAAUUGGUAUGCACUAACAAGGCUUGACUAGAGAUUAUUGAAAACAAAAUUGAUUGAAAUUAAUUUCAAGUUUUCAUUUGGCAACGUUGUAUUUUGUAUGUCAUCGAAUAAAAAGAAGAAAAAUAUUCUCAUUUUUCGCAUAACCUAACUUCUAUUUUGUGUUUUGUAAGGGUUUGUUUGUUUAUAUGAAAAUCAAUCAAAGGUAAGUUGCUUCUUUAUUAAUUAAAAGUUAUUAAAUUUUGUUAAUGAAAUACAUGUUUCGUAAUUUUUGUUACAUAUGCCACCAAAAAAGGCUAGCAGUGAACAAUAUAAAAAAUUUAAUUGAAAAAUGUGAGUGCCUCAGGUGGGGAAAAGGUACCCCCGACAUAAAAAAAAUGCGUGGGAAAAUAUUGCCCUGCAAUUAAAUUCAUUAGAAGGAGUAGAAAAAAAUGGGGAAGGGUGGAAAAAGGUAAAUAACACCACAAACCCCAAAUUAAGAGUACAUUUUUAUUUACUAAAAUCAUUUUACUUGUAAUUAUUUUAAUUCUGAUACGGGUAUCACAAGCUGGCUGUUGUACUUUUUGUUUAUCACUACAUCUGUGAAAAUUAAAUAAUUUAUAUUGCUCAAGCUAAGCUUAAUUGGUGCUUCAUUUAGAAUGCAUAUUGUGGGUACUACAUGAUUAAAAAUAUAUAACAUUGUAGGAAUUAACAUUCACUGAACUAAAAUCACACAUUAAAUCAAAAAUUAGGGGAGGAAAAAAAUUUGAACGAAACAGAAAAAAAAUGUGCAGAUAUAAUGGGCAUAUUUGUCUCUUGUUCGGGGAUGGCACAAGUGCCAGAGCUAGGAUUAGAACUUCAAAAUGAGGGGCUUGUCUCAGAAAAUUCCGCAAGUUUUCAUGCUGAUGUAAAAGGACUUUUGGUAGCAGAUGAACCAGAAGUCCACGCAGGAGAGGAUCCAGAAGAAGAAAAUGGAAAUUUUAAAGCUACUGAAGUAGCUCCUCAGUCCGAAGAACAGUCUGAAGCUAUAAAGCUUGAGGUGGGUAACAGAAAUACACCAAAAGCAUUGAAAAAAAAGGCUACCAAAUCAACUCAAGCACUACUAGAUGAGCAUAUAAGAACAACCAAUAAAGGCUUGCAAGACAUAGCUGUUUCAAUUCAGGCGGUGGCUGAUGCAAUUAAUAAUGUUGCAUCAGGGAAACCAAAGAAUCAAACUGAUUUAUCUAUUAGAAAACAAAAAACUACGUUGGGCCAGUAUGAACUGUAUCUUCAAUUUAAAAAGUUGGAGCACACAAAUGAAGCUUUUGAAAAUUUGUGUCGACAGUUGAAUAAUGAAAAAAAUGCUCCAAUAAGAUCUACUGCUAAUUGGAAAAGGAUCUUUAGUGAAUGGGAAACCAAAGUGAAAGCUAAAGCUAGAAGAAUUCACUUUGAGCAAGAAAUUACUGGAGGUAAUAGAAAUUUUGUCAAAUCUGGAAAAAAAACUAUUACAGAUUUUAUCAAAAAUUUUAAUUUAUGGUCACCCAGAUGUUAUUGA